CUCUCUCUCUCUCUCUCUCUCUCUCUCAUACAUCUGGUUUUACUUAUUUCAGGAGAAGAAAAUCAAUGGAUAUGGAGUCAUGUGUCCCUCCAGGUUUCAGAUUUCAUCCGACGGAGGAAGAGCUUGUGGGUUAUUAUCUCAAGAGAAAGGUUGACUCCCAGAAAAUUGAUCUAGAGGUUAUAGUGGACAUUGAUCUCUACAGAAUGGAGCCAUGGGACAUUCAAGACAAGUGCAAGUUUGGAUGUGAAGAACAGAAUGAGUGGUAUUUCUUCAGUCACAAAGACAGAAAGUAUCCAACCGGAACACGAACCAAUAGAGCCACUGCUGCCGGAUUCUGGAAAGCAACAGGGAGAGACAAGGCUGUCCUUUCGAAGAACAAAAUAAUUGGAAUGAGAAAAACCCUAGUGUUCUACAAGGGGCGUGCACCCAACGGAAGGAAAUCAGACUGGAUCAUGCAUGAAUAUAGGCUCCAAACAUCUGAACAUGGACCUCCACAGGAAGAAGGAUGGGUUGUGUGUCGAGCAUUCAAGAAGCCAAGUCCGAAUCAAGGGCAGCGCUUUGAAGCUUGGAACCACGCUUACUAUUUCAGGGAUACUGGCAAUUUUAGGCCGCCUUCAUAUCAAGAUACAGUUAGUCAAGUGCAAGCAGUUCAUCCCAAUCAAGGCACAAGUUAUCAUCAAUUGCCUUUGGGUUCAGACCAGGACCUCAUGUCCAACCAUACAUGUUUGGAAAAUCAACUUGUUGAACUUCCACAACUAGAUAGCCCCUCCAUUUCUACAAGUUUGGCAACAAAAGAAGGUUUUGAGCAGAAUGGCUUAGGCAAUGAGGAUUGUGAUGAUGGAAGGAGCAACCAUGGUAACCAAUAUGUUGAUUGGAAGAAUUUGGACAACUUACUUGCACCACAAGUGACAGAACCGGUGUCGUUUGAUCAUUCAAAUAUUCCAUUAAUCUACCAUGAAUAUGAUGAGCUAAAUGCUCAAAACAACAUAAGUCAUCUCUUUGAAUGCUUUCCUGACUUGUAGCUAGCCGGAGCUCAACCACGACACCGCGAUUUAUAUAUAUACAUGAUCUGAUGAAGUACAUUUAAAUUAAUAAUGGUCAGUUUCUAUGGAAAAUUAAGGUCUUUUUAUCAUGUAGAAGUUGUUUUUGAGAAUAUUUUUUUAUAUAAGCAUGCAGAAAGAACUGUUGUGACAAAAGGAGACAUCUCUUAGAGGUAGCCUCCCACAAAAGGGGCCCUAGGUUGAAUUGUUAUUCACCUUUUACUUGUUUCUUUUAUUUUAUAAUUGUAAAUUAAUUAUGCAUCAUUGCAUCCAUUUGUAUUCAGUGAUUUUAGUAUGCCAUAAAUGGUGACUUUGUAGCAUUAUCUUGUUUGGA